AUGUCGUCAAUGAAUGAGACUCGACUGAGCACUAAUGACAGUGAGCAUCCUGGCAAUGAGUACAAAUGGAUCUGCCACAUCAUUACAACAGAAGGAGUCAUUGGUGUUUUGGGAAACCUCUUAGUGUGCUUUGUCAUUCUACGCGUCAAAUUCCUACACAACAUGACAAACUAUCUGCUGGUGAAUUUGGCUGUGGCCGAUAUGCUGCUAUGUCUUCAGGCAUUUUUACUGUACUUCUUUGCGUUUUCAAAGUGCGCAAUCGUUCAUUACGUUCCGGCAGGCUCUGUGGAACGACAAAUUUUCUGCCGACUGUUAGCCUCUGAUUUUUUGUCCUGGGCUUUGUCCUACGUGUCAGCAUACAGUCUGUGCUUGGUGACAUUAGAACGGUAUGUUGCUAUUGUGCAUCCUUUAAAGUAUCAAAGGAAAGUCACGGCGUCACGGAUUGCACGUCUGGUUGCUCUGAUCUGGGUGGUUCCAUUUCUUUACUCUUUACCUUUUGUGUUUACAAUCAAACCCAGUGAUGAUCCUGACCAGGCUUGCUCGGAAAUCCAAUACCCUCAUCAGGCAUUUCCAAUUGUCAUUGGUGUACUUUCAUUUCUCAUGGACUACCUACUACCAAUAACACUGAUGAGUCUGGCCUACUACAAGAUACAAGUCACUCUCAAAAGACAAGCAAAAGCCCUGAACCUGCAACAUGCAAGGGCAGCAGCCUAUGAUCUUGUGAUUGCUAGACAGCGUCUGGUCAGCAUGCUUACAAUCGUCUUAGGAGCUCUUAUCAUCUUAUGGACGCCAGCUUAUUUGGCAAUUACAAUCUGCUUGCAAGCAUCCAGAGGGAGAAGUCACAUGACCUUCUGCGACUCGGUGACUUUUCAGCACAUCAGAGGAGUGUGCAGCUCCCUCUUCUACAUAAAUUCUAUCGUUAAUCCCGUCAUCUACGAGUUCAAAUACAAGAAAUUUCGGCAGGGGUUUAAAGUAGCCUUUUGCGGCUGUUUUCAAAAGAAACUCAGCAACAGAGUUGAGAAUUUGACACCUUUACAGCCGAGAUGACUGACACCCUCAAUUCACA